UGUGCCCCUCCCCUGGGCCGGCCUAGUAGGCACCUGGCACUGGCGGGCGCGGCAGACGCUGCGCACCUGGCCCCGACGCCCGGCUAGCUCCUGCCCUGCCCGCCAUGGACGGGCCACAGCCCCCCGCCCUGUGGGGCUCGUUUGAGAACAGUAUCUCCGAAAUGAGCCAGAAGCUGCAAGGUGAAUACUUCAGGUACAAAGGUAUCCCCUUUCCCGUCGGCCUGUAUUCGCCCGAGAGCCUCAGUCUGGCCGAGAACACGAGCAACGUGCGGGACGACGACAUCUUCAUUGUCACCUACCCCAAAUCAGGUACCAACUGGAUGAUUGAGAUCGUCUGCUUAAUCCUGAAAGACGGGGACCCCUCGUGGAUCCAUUCGGAGCCCAUCUGGCAGCGCGCACCCUGGUGCGAGACCAUCAUAAGCGCCUUCAGCCUCUCAGACCGGCCCAGCCCCCGCCUUAUGAGCUCCCACCUCCCUAUCGAACUGUUCACUAAGGCCGCCUUCACCUCCAAGGCUAAGGUGAUUUACUUGGGCCGGAACCCCCGGGACGUCGUGGUCUCUCUCUAUUAUUACUCUAAGAUUGCUGGGCAAUUAAAGGACCCUGGUACACCCGACCAGUUCCUUCAGAAUUUCCUCAAAGGAGAAGUGCAGUUUGGCUCCUGGUUUGACCACAUCAAGGGCUGGAUCCGGAUGCAGAACCAAGAGAACUUCCUGUUUCUUACCUACGAGGAGCUGCAGCAGGACCUGCGAGGCUCCGUGCAACGAGUCUGUGAGUUCCUGGGCCGGCCACUGGGUGAAGAGGCCCUGAGCUCUGUGGUGGCCCAUUCAGCGUUUGCAGCCAUGAAGGCCAAUACCAUGUCCAACUAUACGCUGCUGCCGGCCAGCCUGCUAGACCACCGCCAGGGGGCGUUCCUGCGCAAAGGGAUCAGUGGUGACUGGAAGAACCACUUCACUGUGGCGCAGAGCGAGGCUUUUGACCGUGUCUACCGGGAGCGGAUGCAUGGGCUGCCAAGCUUCCCCUGGGACAAGUCUGAAGAGGACAGCAGCCCCGACGGCGAUGGCGAGCCUGACCCUGAACCCAGCCCCAGCCCGGGCCUAGCCUCCGAUGACCCCAACCCAGGAUCCUCACAAUAAACUUGUCACU